GAUAGUUUAAUUACGUUGUGUUGAUGAACACAGAGAAAACGAAUCGUUUUAAAUAUAAUACAGAAGCAUUAUACGAGCGAAAUGUCUUUCAAAAAUGGACAGGUGGAAAACAUUAAGUUCCCCUGUGCAAGAUCCUCAGGCCAUUUAGGAUUACAUCACUUGCUCCCGAAUGGAUCCUCUGCAGUGAAUGGGUGCCAUCAGAAUGAGAGGCUGAUAAACACAUCACCAUCAUACACAAGUAAUCCACACGUCUCCAGUUUAUCAAUUAACAUCUUGUGAAGUGAAAAGCUGUGUGCUUCUAAUAAACUAAUUCAUUCCCUAAUCACAAUAUUGCUUUCUCCAGUGAAAAAGUUGUCUGGUCUUCAGGGAGAAAUAUGCAAAUAUUAAGCACCAUUUACAAGCGAAAACAGUUCAAAAUAGUUCUUAAAUAUGUUGAUGGAUUUUGAUGAGAGAGGACAGCAGCGGAUGGACCUUUUCACUGGAGGAAGCAUUAUUAUGGACUUGUUUUUUGGAAUUGUAUUAUGGAAGUUAAAAAGUCUUGAUUUAUUUGUUUAUUACAAACAUGCACUGGAGUGUGGAUUACUUGUGGAUUAUUGUGACGUUUUUAUCAGCUGUCUGGAUUCUCAUUCUGACGGCACCCAUUCACUGCAGAGGAUCCAUUAGUGAGCAAGUGAUGCAAUGCUAAAUUUAUCCAAAUCAAAUUUAUCCAAAUCUAAUCUAGUUUUCUUUUUUUGGGUGAACAAUAUCUUUAAGUGACAGAGUUCAUCUGUUACUGCAUAAAAGGAAUGACAACAACUCUUGUCUUUGUCUUCAGGUUUAAGGAACGGCUAAAAACAAAAUAUCUCAGGGAUCUAAGGCAAAAGCAACAGUUAUCUGGGUCAUUAGAUAGUCGCAAAUGGCGCUUUUUAUCCCCAGGCCUGGAUGAUUUUAGAGACGGUUACCCAACAGCCCAUAAAGAUCUUUUCACCCAGUGUAAGAGUGGACCCUCCCCUGCAGUCUUUGGGAUGCCAAAUCACGCUUGUUCAGUGAAGUUCCCACAGAAGAGACUGACUAAAAAUCAAGUGUGUUACUCAAAGCAGAAUCCCCAGAGUCAAGCUCAGCGUGAGUUCAUUGACGCUGUCGAGUACAAACUCAAACAACACCCCCUGGCCCUCUAUCCUCAUCUGGAGAGUGGUAUGACACCAGAGCUAUUUGAUCAGGUGUUGUCGGUCCUGGAUCCUGAUAUGUGCACGAAGGCAGAAUUGUCCAUAACCUCUCCAAUGGAGCAUCUAGAAGAAAGCAGUGCACAUUGUGAAAUCUCAACUCCGGAGACUAUAAAACCACCCAUCACCAUCAAACCACAAGAGGAGAAAUGUAAAGAGGUCAGACCAAGAAAUCCUUAUAAAUGGCAGCAACUCAAAGAAACUUUGGGUGUCGAAGAUCAGACGGCAAGAGUUAAACACCUACACUCUGUAGUGCAAGAAGAUGAAAAGCAGAUGAUUAUCAAGCUCUUCUGUGAAUGGAUUACUUCACUGGGUGGAGAGACCAGUGAUCUGACAGAGUCAACCAUCUUGGAUCUGUUUAAAAGUGACUAUGAAAAGAAACCCUCCUUGACCUUACCUAUUAAGAAGACUCAUCCUAAUCAAACUCCAGCAAAACUCUCCAGCUCUGUAGAGGAACAUCAUAAAGAUGCUAAAGAGUUAAAUCAGGUCUAUAAACCCAAGAGACCCCAGGCUGCCAAUGAUCCUCUAAGAGCCCCAGCAGAUAUCACAGGAGGCCUGGACUUUGAGGAACAGCUGAGUGAGAAGGAUGAAGAGCUGAAGCAGAUUCAUGGCGUUCAGGCAUUCAGAGAGUUCAUUAUCAACAAGGGAGUGAGAAUGCCGAGGUUUCUCAGCACUAUCUUCUCUGAGGAUGAACAGAGGAACAGCAUUAGAGGCUCAAACACCGCAGGCUCCACUUCAUCAUCAUCUAAAGGGAGAGCUGUCCAUUAAACUCUUUAAAUAAUAUUCCCUUAUGUUGUUUUAUUGAACAUCACUUCACACAUUCAUGGAUCAGCUGCUGAGUGCAGUUCCCCAGACUACAGUUUUUUGAGAUUAAAGUAACAUUUUACCCCCAAGUCAGAUUCUGCAUUAAGUCAUCUUACGAUCAAAAAAAUCAAACUAGGGUGUAUUUGGCAUGGUUCUCUCUUCCUCUAGUUUUCUUCAUUCAUUCAUAAAAUGUUCAGUGAAAAACAAACACUGUGUUCUCAGCAUCCUGGUGGGAAUUACAAGGGCUUUCUAAGGAUUUUUAGGUAAACAGCCUGAAGUCUGCUCUCAUGCAUUCUUCCAUGCUAAUGAGCUGCACUUGACUGAGUUCUACAUUGUCUUCUAGUGUUUUCAGGAAGAGAAAUUUCACACUUCAUUAAAAACGAAAUAAUUUGU